GUGGUGGUGGGGUUUGGGGGAGGAGGAGGAGGAGGAUGGAGCCUUGCUUGAUCCUUCUGGAUUUGCCAGGUCUCCUUUCCAUCAAAUGCCUCUGCCGCCCUCCUUCCAGCCGACCCCCUAAAAAAAAGAGGGGCUGCCCCUGGCUGGGUUGGAGCGGAUAGAUGGCCCUUGGACAACCCCCCCCCCCCAUUGCAUGGUGGGUGUAAGGAUGCAGCAGGCUGGCCUCUCUCCGGUUACCGCGAUUGCUCUCUCCUGCUUGAGGCUGGCUCUCCAUCCUGUCACUCCAAGCCCCGAUGCAACUGUUACAUAAUCCCAGGAUUGGGAGAAGCGCAUCCUUGCUGGAUCCCUAAAACUCCUUUCCCCCCCCCAGGUGCACCUCCCUCCCUGGCUGCAAAAUCCCCCCCCCUUUUUUUUUUGGCAUGGUUUCCCCAAGCCCUUGAGAGGCUCAUCAUCAGAAACCGUGUCUCUGCAUGAGUUUGUCCUUACGACCUACAUUGGGGUCAGUUUGCUGAGGAGGGGGGAAUAAUCAGCCUUUUCUCUGCAUGAUACUCUCUGGAUAGAUCUUGUCCGUCCUCUUUUUUUUUUGCAAGAGGAGGACGUUGGUGAUCUCAUGCUUUCCUGGACCAAAACGGUCCUAACAGGUUAAAAAAAGAGGAUCGCCAAGGAGAUCUCCGAAUCUGGGGGAGAAAGGGUGGGUUUACAGGAGGAACAUUAGCUUGGGAAGGGGAUGGAAAAGAUUGGCGCGGAGGGAGAUCUUCUGAUAUGGACCGAUGUGCUUUAUUAUGCAACUUAAGGAUUAGAACAUAUCCCGAGUGAAAAUUUUGGAAGGGGGGAAAGUGUGGGGUUUUGUCGGAGAGGCAGGAGGGUGGAUGAAAAGAUUCCUGUUCAAUGGACGGGCACAGAAUCGUUUGUUCUUCGGCUGUAGUGAUUGGGGAGAAAAGUCAGAGGUCAAACAGUAUGGGCCUCUUGGGAGGCACGCAGAGGUUGUGGGGAAGGGGGGGAGUGGGCUUUCGGACAGAGAUCCCCUUGUGUGAAGUGAUGCCUUCGUGGAACACAGGAGAGGUCUUGGAUGCGAGAAACGCCUUGCAAAUGGGAACGUUUAAUGAGACUUUUCUGGCAAAGAAGGAGAACUCGGGACAUUGAAGAAGAUUUAUCAGCCACUCGAUGGGGAUUCGCAUCUCCUCUUCACCUUUGUGUAGCCAGCAGAACGAGUUCAGCACCUCUUUGGUUCUCAUUAUGAAACUGGUAUUAACUGAAUGGCAAUUAUGGAUUUUUAACUCUAGAUCCCAGUAAGCAAAAAAACAACAACAACAAAAAACGGAAGCCCACCAAGCCAUAUGUUGAAAAAAAAUCCUUUUCUUUCUACCAAAUAAGUUGGAUGUUCCUCGCCGAAUGUUGGAAAAGCCUUUGUGAAGAUUCGAUGCCAAAAAAACCACCCGUUUGCUCCCGAGGGAAAUUACAAAUAUUUUGCUUGCACCGCAAGGAACGGGACGCCAUGAGGAACAGCGGAAGGCAGCCUAAUUUAUCGCAAGAGAUGAUAGAGUUAUUUAUAUAGAGAUUUUAAAGAGAGAGAGAGAGAGAGAGAGAGAGAGAAAGGAAUAAAAUUAAAAAUCUAUAUAGGUAGAUAUAGAUAGAUAGAUAUAUAAAUAUAUGUAUUUUUUAUGGUGAUGAAAAUGGCUCCCCAGAAUGCUGACUCAGAAUCUAUGCAAGUCCAAGAGCUUCCAGGCGUUCAGCUCCAGAAACCCGAAAAGGAGCGCGAAAGUAAAGAAGAGACGAUUAGCGAAGGAUCCAUAGACCGUAUCCCGGUACGGCUAUGGGUGAUGCACGGCGCCGUCAUGUUUGGCCGGGAAUUUUGUUACGCCAUGGAGACAGCUUUGGUGACACCGGUAUUGUUACAAAUUGGUCUUCCUGAACAGUACUACAGCCUCACCUGGUUCCUUAGUCCAAUCCUGGGCCUGAUCUUUACCCCUUUAAUUGGUUCGGCCAGCGACCGCUGCACCCUCAGCUGGGGCCGCCGACGGCCGUUUAUUCUCGCCCUUUGCAUCGGGGUCCUCAUUGGCGUCGCCCUUUUCUUAAACGGAUCCGUUAUUGGCCUUGCAAUCGGAGAUGUCCCAGACAAGCAGCCCAUCGGCAUCGUCCUCACCGUUCUCGGCGUGGUGGUGCUGGACUUCUGCGCUGAUGCAACCGAGGGGCCCAUCCGCGCCUAUUUGCUGGACGUGGUGGACAGCGAAGAGCAGGAUAUGGCCCUCAAUAUCCAUGCUUUUUCAGCCGGCCUGGGAGGAGCCAUUGGCUACAUGCUGGGCGGCCUCGACUGGAUGCACACCAUCUUAGGCAGCCUCUUCAAAUCCCAGGAGCAAGUCCUCUUCUUCUUUGCCGCCAUUAUCUUCUCAGUUUCCGUUGUCCUCCACCUCUGCAGCAUCGAAGAAGAGCAAUACAACCCACAGCAGGACCGGAUCGAUGACGAAGCAGAGACCCUCUCAAGCGUGAAGCUGAGCGGCAGCCUCCCUCCCCUCAACCGGCUCAACAUCAUCAACGAGGAGGAGCCUUACGGGAACUCCCUCUUCCCAGACGAGGUCCAGUCCGAACAAGACCUCAACCUGGAGUUCCUGGAAGUGGACAUUGUCAGGAGUAAGAGCGAUUCGGUCCUGCACAUGCCGGACGCCACCCUCGAUAUGGAAUCGGAGCUGCUCUUCCUUCACGAGAUCGAGCCUUCCAUUUUUCAGGAUUCGUCCUACCCGGCGACACCGCACAGCACCAGCCAAGAACUCAUGAAAUCCAAAUUCAACCGCUUGUCCGCUUUCCUCAGGGAGAACGAGAAGGAGGAGGAGAUGUUACUUGAGAAUCACUUGAACGAGGCCAAAGUCCCCAACGGGAACGGCUCCCUACCAAAAGAUCUCCUGAACGGACACGUCAGGAUGGGCAUGAAGCAGUCGUGCACCUCGAACUCCAUGCGCCGGCGGAGACACAUGUUCUACCGCCAGCCUUCGAACACCUUCUCCUACUACGGGAAGAUCGGGUCCCACCACUACCGCUUCCGGCGGGCCAACGCCGUGGUCUUGAUCAAGUCCUCUCGGAGCAUGAACGACAUCUACGACAUGCAGAAGAGGCAGCGGCAGAGAUACCGGCACCGGAACCCGAGCGGCGCGACCAACUCCAGCGGAGACACGGAGAGCGAGGAAGGCGAAACGGAAACCACCGUGAGACUCUUGUGGUUGUCCAUGCUGAAGAUGCCCAAAGAGCUGCUGCGGCUUUGCGUUUGUCACCUCUUGACCUGGUUUUCCAUCAUUGCCGAAGCCGUCUUCUACACCGACUUCAUGGGGCAGGUCAUCUUCCACGGUGAUCCCAAGGCCCCUUCUAAUUCUACCGAACUGCAGGACUACAGCGCUGGCGUCCAGAUGGGCUGCUGGGGCUUGGUCAUCUAUGCUGCUACUGCUGCUGUGUGUUCCGCUUUACUCCAGAAAUACUUAGACAAUUACGACUUGAGCAUACGAGUGAUCUACAUCUUGGGCACCCUCGGGUUCUCCAUCGGCACGGUGGUGAUGGCCAUGUUUCCCAACGUCUACGUGGCCAUGAUCAUGAUCAGCACCAUGGGAAUCGUUUCGAUGAGCAUCUCCUAUUGCCCCUAUGCCCUUCUGGGACAGUACCACGACAUCAAGCAGUACAUCCAUCACAGCCCUGGUAACUCCAAGCGAGGCUUUGGCAUCGAUUGUGCCAUCUUGUCGUGCCAGGUCUACAUCUCCCAGAUCCUGGUAGCUUCCGCCCUUGGAGGAGUGGUGGAUGCCGUGGGCACCGUCCGGGUCAUUCCGGUAGUGGCAUCCGUGGGCUCUUUCCUGGGCUUCCUGACAGCCACCUUCUUGGUGAUUUACCCAGAUGUUGGGGAGAGUUCGAAGGAAGAGCAGAAGGAGUUGGCCCCGCCUGCCACAGCGGAAAGCAGCGACGGGAACCAGGAGAAACCGAUGGUGAUCAAACUCACCCGCGGAAAAGAUCCAGCUGCGCCAGAGGUGGAAAGCGAGUCGGCCGUUUGAAGGCAUCUCCAGCCCCUCAUGCACAUUCCAAGCAAUCCAGAUUUAAAACCCAGAACAUCCUUCAAAGCAAAUUCAAAAUUUUGAAUUUUUAGCGGGCAGCCCCCGCUGUUUUAAUUUGCAGCAGGGGAUUUUAGGGUGGGGUGGGAGAAGUUCUUUUUUUGCAAUUGUGGAGCCCAGAGAAUUUUCAUGUUGACGGCUUUCUCUACAAUCCAGAAAAAUAUCCCCUUUCUCAGAGGUGUUUUUAACGAAGAGAAACGCUUUUUUGGAUUUCCGAGGCGGUUUUUAAUCAACAAGCAGGAAAAUGUCCUUCUGGUUUUGGUUUUUAAAAGUUGCGGCAUUCUUCUUUCUCUUUUUUUUUUUCCCCCCGCCAAUUAUUCAUUUGGACAUUUUGUAAUUUUUAUUUUAUUUUUUUGGACAAUUGGAAAGUUUGGGAUUUAACUUAAGCCGUUCUUAACUUCCGCUUUUUCAGGAAAAUGAAAGCUUUUGCUGUUAUUUUAUCCAGGCCGCAUGGUUUUUUCUUAAGACAAUCAAUUGCAUUUGGUUGAAAUUUGUGCAUUUGUAGAAUCGAUGCAAUAUUAAAAUCGACAGCUUUCCUUGGUUGUGGGGGGGGGGUGUUUCCUCCCCCUCUCCUCUCUUGAACUUUGGCCUGGAACUCAUUAUUUUAGGAGUCACUGCUAUUUCCAGCCCCCCCAAAUUUAAUGUGAAAUUAUCGCAGCAGAGUUAACAGCGGGAAUGCUUGUUCGUUUAUUUAUUUAUUUUAAAAAAUAAAAAAUAAAACUCAGACUGAUGGGGUAAUUUUCACUUUGGACCCCCCCCCCCCCGGGCAAUCUGGAUCCAUAGAAGCUAUUUUUGGUGGAAGGAAAGAGAAUUCUAGCCAUUUGGGAUAGUGAGGAAAAGAUAGUGGGGAAAAAAGCAGUGACUAUUGAUACCAACAAACUGGGUCAAUUUGAAUUUUGCAUUUUUUUUGGUUUUGUUUUGUUUUUCCAGCUUAGUGGCGUUUAAACGCCGUUCAUCUCCUUUUGCGACAAAGCUGCUUGGGGAAUCUCCAUCGUCAGUCUCUUCGAGUAGAUUGUGUGGGUUCCCACGGGUUUUGUUUUGUUUUUUUUUGGAGGGGGGGGUGUGGGGGAAGGGAGGAGGAGGGUUGUUGAUUGCACUUUUCCAGGCUGGAAACGGUGGCGAACAGGUGAUCUCGCAAAAACCAAAGGCCUACCUCUGAGAUUUUGCAGAGUAGCGAAUAUUUGUCUGCCUACGUGUUCGAUUGUUUGUUUUUUUUCCUUGCUUGCUUUUUAUUUUUUUUUAUUUUUUUUAAAAAAAGAAAAAGCUUUUGGGCCUUCAAGUACGCAACUUUUUUUUUCAAAACGCUGCGGCUUUUUCCUCGGCUUCAAAAGGGGUGUGUGUCUGUGAGAUGUCGCCGGAGUCUAAAAGAAAUUCUUGCUCAGUUUUUUUUCCUCAGUCAAAAAUUCCGACCCGCCUUUCUCGUUUCUUUGGAUCGGACGUUUGAUUUGAGCACUUCGCAUACAGUCCAUGCGUAAGGCCCCCACCUUCUCCAACGGUGUCCUUCGAAGGCACUGAAAUUCUGCGACUGGAGGAAGCCGGAAAUUCGGCAGGUCCAGCACUUCAAAACUAAAAAAGCAAAGGCAUAAUUCGGGACGAAUUCCAGGGGAGCCCCUAGUAGGCCAGACUCUGAUUCCAUAACCACAUAAAGGCGGGGCAUGUAACCCCUUCGGUUUUUGGCUCCUCUAGAAAGUUCUCCUCCCAUAAACGGUUUCCGAUGCAGAUUUUUCAGGUGGAGUGUUGCAAAUUUGGGAGACCCUCUUGGUAUUUUUUCAUUUUCCCUGCUGCUCCUUCCGGUAACAUCUCUGUAAAACGCAUGUCAGCGAGCCUAGCGCUUGAGAAGCAAGUAUUUAUCUUUCUCUAUAUAUCCAAUUCAGAGAAGCCGUUUUUAAUCUCUUACUUGAAUUGUCGAUCCGUUUUAAAAGAAAACGUUUCACGUUUUACAUAGCUGUAGCCAUUGUCCUUCGGCUGGGGUUUUGGAGAGCUCGGAAGAGGGAGUUCAACCAAAGACGGGUGGAUCCCACCGUAACAGUUCCCCAUCUUUGACUUGGUCGACCACGGCCUGAGGACAGUCCCUGGUUAUACCGCAUCUUCGGUCUUCGGCCAGUCCCGUCUCGUGCUUUUCAGUGGUCCUUUUACCUCUCCUCUUUAAAUAGAAGCUCGUUUUCAUAGAAGCUCGUUUUCUACCGGAGUUUCAUAGAACUAUUUUUAAAAGGACCGAAAUAAUAUUUCCUUUCUCCCUCUUCAUCACCCAUCCACCCCCACCCUCCAAAAUCUGUCAUUUGGAACAUUUGCUUAAGGGUUUUUUUUUUUUAAAGAGGGCGACCUGAAGGCCAUCGAAGUUGGGAAACAGAUUUUACGUCGGAGUUUUUAGCUAAGCGUGUUCUCCUCCUGUCGCACCCUGUCGCACCUGGAGACUUUACCUGUCGCACUCUGUCGCACCCAGAGACUUUACCAUGAGAGAGGGGGUUUUCUCCUCACCUCCCCCUUCCGAAUAGUUGCUCAGUGCAAUUCCUUUUAAAUCUGCAAUUUUAACUACGACGCUCGGCCUUUUUAGAAGGGCCCUGCUGAAUAGGAGUCUCGAUGAUUCAUAUGAAUUGAGAUGCUAAUUUCAUGCUAAUUAGCAUGAUGCUAAUGCCAUGCUCAUUUUCUCUUCUUGGAGUUAAAAACAAGGAAGAAAAAAAAAUCCCAAUCCUCUCUAUCUCCCUUCCGCGGAGUUUUGCUCUUUUGAGUUGAUCAUUCCCUUCCCCGAAAGCUAGUUUUCAUUCCGUUCCAUCAAUAAGCUAAAUAAAUAGAUCCACAUUCUGCUUGGCAGAGAAACUCGAAGCAUUCAAGGUGGUGGCCACGAUUGUAUGAUUGAUGCCACGCUCCCUUUUCCCCGCACAUGCAUUGCACCUCUUAAAAGGGGAGGAGCUUUGAUUCCCAUAACGGCCAUCUUGAUUUUUUUUGUCUUCACCCCAGCCUUCAUCUGUGCCUGACUCAAAAUCAAACAAGCAACUGUGUGGUGGUUCCCCCCGCCCCCCGCAACUUCCUUUAGGGCAGGGAGGAGGGUCUCCAACCUUGGCCACUUUAAGACUUGUGGACAUGCUGGCUGGGAAUUCUGGGAGUUGAAGCCCCCAAGUCUUAAAGUGGCCAUGAUUGGAGACCCUUGCUUUAGGCCAGGGUGAGUCAAAACAUCAGAGAGAGUGCUUGGUCCUUCCUGGCUAAGUGAGAAGGCCUCGCCCAUCGUUCGAUGACAUCCUUCUUGGUUCUGGGAUGGGAAAACGAAAGGGAAGGCCUCUCAGAUGUUGGGCUAGGAAAGUGGAUUUGUGUUUGGGUCCUUCUCCUUUUGAGCCAUUGGAUAAACCACACUGCCAAACCCAAGUUAGUUUCCUGCCCAGUUCUGGUGAGGAAGGACCUCUUGGCUUGAAAGUCCCAUCUUCUCAGCGUUGCUCAUGUUUUAGAGUUCCUGGCAGAAUCACUCCCCUUUUAUCUCUGGAGGUUUCUCUUAAGAACAUCGAAGUGCUUUCAAACUUGGCUGCCCUGAUGUCUGAAAAGUGACGUGCAGGCUAUCAUUAAAUUGGUAUUAAAUUAAAUGGAAAUUAGACCUGAGCUUUAGAUUCGUAGGUCUAUUUGUCUUAUCUGGAAGAUGAUGGAACACACCCUUUGCUUUUUUUUUUUUUAAUUGAAAAUGAUUUAAUCACAUGUCAUUAAAACCCAGGACACGAUUUGGGUCUUUCUCAUUCAAUUCAGAGAUCCCCAAAUUAUAUUGGACAAAAACUGAAAGCGUAAUUUGAGAGUUUUUAGACUAGCAAAAAGCCACCCUGGCAAUAUUGGUUUGGGCCUUGGGAUGAAAACGAAAUUCACUGCAGCCUAAGAAUGCUUCUAUUUCCAUUGAAAAAAUCCUCAACCCUUCAGGUUGUUUAAUUAAAACCCACAUUUUUCCUUCAAUGUGAUGCAUCUUAUCUUGUCUAUCAAAUUCGGCUGGCUCUCUGCAGUCCUGCUUAGCUGUUGACCAGAUUUUCUUUAGGAAGUACAGAAAUUUAUUUUCUAUUGGAUAUGACUUUUCAUCAUUUUAGGAUGAAUUAGGAGGUGGGGGGGGAGGAAAAGCAAUAAUCGUUUUUCAUUUAUUUUUGGAAAUGGGCUCUUAUUUGAUUAUAAAGACUUUUACCCAACCAGCUGUUCAAAUAUUCUCUAAUGUUUCAAGUACCUCAUUCAGACCCUGUUGGAGGUUUGUCAACGAAGGGACCUCCUUCACUCCGAAAGACAACGGAGGUUGGGCGAGCAGCUCAUCUUGAGAAGGAAUUUGAUUUUUUUUCAGGUCCUCGGAUGGGCCAUUUAAUUUAGAUUAUUCAUUGCCACUGGAGAACUUCUGGACAAGAUCUCCAGUCCAUCAUGGUGGUCUUCCUCCAUGCUAAACCUCCUGGAGGGAAGAACUUUGGAAGAACAGGCAUUCUUUGAUUUUAAAUGUUUUGGAAAGAUCUCCGGCAGAGAUGCAAAAAAAAAAACAAGUUCAGUUAGAGCUGAAGUGUAUCACGCCUGAUUCGCUUCAACUCCUGGUAGCAAAUGAGAAUCAGGCUGGGCCUUCAAGGAGAUCUUUCAGGUACAAGCAGAACAAGAGGGAAGAGAAAGGAGCCAUUGUGCCACUGCACUUUUUUAAAAAAAAACCAAACAGAGAACUGGCAGAUACUCCUGGGUAGAAGCUUCUGGUGACGACUUUCUAGAUCAGGGGUCUCCAACCUUGGCAACUUGAAGACUGGAGGACUUCAACUCCCAGAGUUCCUCAGCCAGCAAAGCUGGCUGAGGAACUCUGGGAGUUGAAGUCCACCAGUCUUCAAGUUGCCAAGGUUGGAGACCCCUGAUCUAGAUCCAAUUUGAUUGCAGCUCAGUUUGGAAAGUUCAUCUAUCUCUUUUACUUUUCCGUCAAUUCACCUUCGAGCCCUCCUUGUUCCUUUAAACCACUUGAACCCGUGCGCCGUCCAUUGCCCUGUGUUUGCCAAGGCGUACACCUUUUCCGUGCCCUGCUAACCAGUGGCAGGCCACGUUCGAUUUGAGUUUGCAGCUUCCUCAGCACUCUCGCACGAAGUCGUGCCAGUCAUGCGUAGGAACCGGGGACGAUCGGAGAAGCGCUUUGUCAUUUUCGUUCAUUCGUUCAGGCGGCUUUGGUUUCUCGCUCAUAUAAGCCAAGUAAAACUUAGGGACAUCCAAAGUUGCAGAAAGUUUGAAAAUUGGGAGGCUCGUGUUGCAGAAAGGAAGAGACACCCAGAGAAGUGGAGUGGGGAGCCAAAAUUGUUUCGGUUGUGUCCUAAGCUGUGGAUUUUGCACGUAGAGUCCCAGAGCAGUGAUUAUUAUUAUUAUUAUUAUUUGGCAAAAAAAGAUCAAACUACAUUGAUAAAAAAAAAAAGUCAUUUGCAAAAAAAAAAUAUCCAGAGUCCCUGUUUCCAUGUUGCGCUUUCAACUUCCAUCAGUAACAUACCUCUUACUAGAAUCUUCUUGAUGGUUGGGUGGAGAUUAUGGGAGAAUCUGCAAUUGGGAAAAAGGUUUAUGGGAUCAUAAGGAGUUUCUCCUCCUUUAGCACUUCCCCAGACAGUUGGAAUUCCAUUAAAUCGUUGAAAUAUUUUGCCACCUGUGACAGAACGAAUUUAGGACGAGUUGGUUCCUGAUAUUGCAAACUGCCUUUAGUGAGAGGAUCACUGAAUCUUCCUUUGGAAUAAUUCCUCGGUCCCCAAGGAAUCGCAAAACGGACCGGUUUUCUGUAGCGUCCUCCAAAGUUGCCGAAAAACACAACUUUGGAAGCUCUCCUGUCGCUGUCACAUCGAUUUGGUCCAAACGUCGGGAAGGGAUGGCGUGGGGUGAUCACUUCUCAAGAGCUGAGAUCUUGCUUCUUCAGAAUCAGGAAAAAGGGGGCUGAGGUGUCCAGCUUUUCCCAGAGGUCCCCUUCAUUAGAGGUAGCCCUGGCGAGCUGUGAGGUCCGUUUCCUUCACAGCCUCCAAUGUCUCACGGGUGAUAAUGAAGUAGCUUUUCCAACAUUGGUUGUUUUUUUGUUCUUCUUUCAUUUCUGGUGCAACCUUGGACCUGCCACUUGCUUGGUAGUUAAAUGGCCAGCUGAAUUUUGUUCGUUUUUUUUGUUUUGUUUUGUUUUGUUUAUUUUGGAAAAAAAAAUAAAUGCCUCAUCUACUGAAAAGCUGCAUAUAGGCAUCUCAUAAAGAAAAUAAAUAAAUAAAUAAAUAUAAGUAUAUAUAGAUAUCUAUAAUUAGUUCCAUUGUGAACUGGCCAUAAGAAACUUCUUUUUUAUCAACUUAUUAAGUUGGAGCACUAUACUAGCUCUUGCUGAGUUUAGCAAUGUUUAUAAGUGUGUGUUAAAACACAUAACGUUUCACGUGGACUGAGAGAAAAGGGAUAACCGAGACGCAGAGUGUGAGUGGCGUGAACGCCUGGCAUUAAUAUGAUUUCACCACAGAUAAUUUUCGUUUUUGGUGUUUUGGGGUUUUUUCUUUUUUUGUUUUUUUUUUUCCUGGACUUCAUUGCAUGAGAAAACCGAUGAACUGUUCCGCACUUUUGAUCUGUUGGUAUAUUUCGUUUUUUUUCCCAUGUAUCGUUAGAAGUGGCUGAAUGUAAAAAAAAAAAAAUUUCAAAAAUUCACAGUUACAUGUGCUCAAUCCAUUGUUCUACAGUUCAAUCUUAAUAAACAUUUCAAUAAGA